ACAAGCCAAUUUUUUCAGGGUGAAAUAGAAACUAGUGGCACUUUCGAUGAGGUGUCUAACUCGCCGCUAUUCGAAGAACUGCUUCAAGAGGAAGAGCCAGAUGAGUCGGGUCGUCCGCCGGCGAUGCGACAGCGUACAAUGUCCGUCAAGUCUUACUCGAGCGUCAGCACAGUGAAUGAAAUAGGAAAUGUUGAUAAUGUGGAAGAAGAAGAAGACGCGGAAUUAACCGGAUCAGGUCGAGUAUCAGCAUCGGUGUACGUGAAGUAUUUCCGAGCCGGCGGUGGCUGGUGUAUGCUAUUGUUUACGGUCCUGUCCAUUAUCAUGGCGCAAGUAAUCACUUCAGCUAGUGACCUCUGGCUUACGCAUUGGAUGAAUGAUAUAGAACUUCAGUACACAACAGCUGCAGCAAGGGAGGAGCUAGCAAAUUUGACUAACUUGAAUAACACGAAUAGCUACAACGACACCGAAUUUACCAGCGUUACGACUGAAACCCCAUUGACCACCACAGAUGGACGUAAUCUCACCGUACUGGAUACUAUGGUUAAGACAGCCCUCACAAUACAAAGCAUUGCUGCCCCAAAUGUAGACCACUCGUGGUACAUUUACAUAUGGACAGUUGGAAUUAUUGGCUGUGUUCUGUUAACUACUUGGAGAUCCGUGCUGUUUCUAUGGGUGUGCAUGAGAAGUUCCAUAAGGCUACACAACCAGAUGUUCGGUAACAUUCUUGCGGCCACCAUGCGAUUCUUUGACACUAACCCCUCGGGAAGAAUCCUUAAUCGGUUUUCCAAGGACAUGGGCUACGUUGACGAGAUCCUACCGAGAAUGUAUUUGGACAGUAUUCAGGUGUUCAUGGUGAUGUCGGGAAUUUUAGUGAUGGUGGCGAUUGUCAACCCCUACAUGUUGCUGACAACGGCCGGCUGCGCAGUGCUCAUGUAUGGCUGGACCAUGAUCUACCUCAGCACAGCACAGGCAGUUAAAAGGGUGGAGGGCGUAUCCCGUAGCCCUGUGUUCUCACACGUAUCGGCCAGCAUGGCGGGGCUGUCAACGGUGCGCGCUUGCGGUGCGCAGGAGUUGCUGCGCAAGCAGUUCGACGAUAAACAGGACGUGCACACUGCCGCUUGGUAUAUAACUCUAGUUACAAAUACCGCCUUCUCCGUCUGGCUGUGCCUCAUAUCUGCCCUCUACGUUGUCAUAGUCUCGUAUACGUUCCUGCUCAUGGAUGAUGGGAAUACGCAGUCUGGCAACGUCGGGCUUGCUCUAAGUCAGGGCUUGAUUUUGGUCAACAUGGUUCAAUACGGGGUUAAGCAGGCCACAGAAGUUAUAUCUCAAAUGACGAGUGUGGAACGUAUCAUACAGUUCACGUCACUGCCCCAAGAGAACACCUCAGGUCCCUCCCCUCCGAAAGAAUGGCCUCAGAGAGCUAGGCUCGUCUUCAAAGACCUCAACCUUCGUUACGACGUUGAUUCGGAACCUGUUCUAAAGAAUCUAAACAUCGUAAUUGAAAGCGGUUGGAAAGUGGGCGUCGUAGGACGCACAGGCGCUGGUAAAUCAUCAUUGAUAUCAGCACUGUUCCGACUGGCGCCUAUUGAGGGCAACGUGUAUAUCGACGAUGUUGAAACUGGAGAGAUUGCUCUCAAAGAACUGCGAUCAAAGAUCUCAAUUAUUCCUCAAGAACCCGUUCUGUUCUCCGCAAGUCUCCGCUAUAACAUGGAUCCGUUUGACAAAUACACCGAUGCUGAUAUAUGGAAGGCAUUGGAGCAGGUGGAGUUGAAGAAGAGCGUGACGUCUCUGUCUGCGCCGGUAGCGUCGGGCGGCACCAACUUCAGCGCGGGGCAACGGCAGCUUCUGUGCCUGGCGCGCGCCGCGCUGGCUCGCAACAAACUGUUGGUGCUGGACGAGGCCACCGCCAACGUCGACCCCAACACCGACACCCUUAUCCAGAAGUCCAUUCGUAAAUACUUCGCCGAUUGCACCGUAUUGACUGUUGCGCAUCGCUUGCACACUGUUGCCGAUUCAGAUAGAGUGGUCGUGAUGGAAGCGGGCCGCAUUAUGGAAUGCGGGCAUCCCCAUGAACUUCUACAGAACGAGGAGGGUCACUUCACAAAAAUGGUGAAGCAGCUUGGUAACGCCGCCGAGCAGAGCCUUCGCGACCUUGCCGCCAAUGCUUACGCCCAGCAUAUAAAGUACGUUGACGCGGAGGAUACUCAAGCGGCGUAGAAACAAAAUAGGCUUUCCAAUGUGAUAAUUAACACAGAUAAAAACAAAAUAAUUCAAAAUGCUAAUUGUCUCUGCCAAACUGCCUAAUAUGGUCACCUACAUGUUUGGGAAAAUAUAACUAUAAAGGAAUGAAUGCCUUCACACAGGUUAGGAGGAUCGUAAAGCCAAUGUGAUAUUUAAUUACCCAGAUGAACAAUUUAGUAGACGUGGAAAAUGGUGAUCACCUUCGUUUUAUAUUUUCUCAUCUAGCAUUCAACUCCUAUCAAGAAACUACUUUUGUGCGUAAAAGUAAACCGUAUACGUACGCGUUAUACCUACUAGGUACUUAGUAUAUCAUAAACUUGCCACGUGUAAAGAUGUAAAUAAUCAAUCUAUCUCUGCGUAGAAGAUAAGGUCAUUCCACUGAGGAUUGAUGAUAACGCGUGUACAUCUAAUUAUAGUAGAUAAUUAUUCAGUGGCACAACUUCAAAUACCAAUGCCAUUGAUUAAAUAAAAUUACAUUGCACUUUUUGCCUUGCACUUGUAUCAAAUCACAGAAAUGUGAUGUUGUUUUAUUCGAAUUUAGUUUUUAAGUUAGGCAUUUUUUAAAUUAGGUACUUAUUAAGUAAAAUCGUAUUUUAUAUACUUAAGUAAAAUACUUAAAUAAUGAAGACUCGUUGGUUCAUUUUUUACGAACUGUACGGCCUUAUCUACUUAUUUUUAAUGGAUGUGAUGUGAAUUAACUAUUGAACCAAAAAGUACUUAGAAAUAUGUACCUACUUAAGACCAUCUUGAUAUACAAAAUACCAUAUAAUUUAUAUAAAUAAUAACUUAUUUUUCGAACCUAAAAAAUAGUGAAAUUGGUGCUAAUUAUGAAGAGGCCUUAGUACUUAUUUGUCUCUUUACUUUUAUGCCUGCCUAUUGU